UUCUCACCAAGUAAAAUCGACACAUGGUCAAUACCUAAACAAAAUGCAUUGCCACCAAAUUCAGUAGAGUUCAUUUGGGGCUUCUAUUGUUAAUCUAGGGGAUAGAAUAUGCGGAGUUUACUUGCACUAACAUAAAAGAAGCUCUAUGCAUAGCUCGAAUUUCAUUUUAAGAUACUUUGUUUGGCAAUGAGUUCUCCUUACUCGAGUUCCAGUGUUCUUAAAUCACAGUGGUGAUUGAAAUUUGUUUCUUUUAUAGUGUCCUCGGUUUGGCUAUGUACAGAGUAGGACUAUAAAUGAACACAAAUCGCUCACAAGUAGUUUGGCGUUCAUGUCGGAGAAAACUCGUUUUACACUCGGCGUUUCAAUAAGCUACUUUGUUUCGAUCUUCUGAACUAACUUGACUUCAAAUGACUUGUUGACCUCAGUUUAUGAGCUUCUUUCAAAAUAAAAGUCCAACAUAAAUUUUCUCAUACAAACGAUCCAUACAAAAAACACUAAUCUAGAGCAUACAAGCAAACUGCAAAUUAUCAAUACAAAUUGUUCAAAAUUAAAGAUGAACAUCUGUAAAAAAACAUGAUUAAUUGAAAGCUUCUUCCUCCUUAUCAACUAAACUUCUUCAAACUUCACUCUCCACUCCAUAAUAUCAACUUCAUUAUACACAAUUUUAAAGAAUAAUUUAGAAACGUCUCCACAAACAUAAAUAAGAUUAAUUGUUUAAAGAAGUUAUAUUGCUUAGAAUAUUAAAUAUACCGGAAAAAUUAAUUACUUAGGUGUGGGCGGGUACCCAUUACCGGGUAUACCUAAACCCAACUCGUGAAUAAUGUAGCGGGUUUAAACCCAAAUCCGUGCCAAAAUUCGUCAACACGAGUUUUACCCACGUUGAUCGGGUUGGGUCUGGUAGGAUAUCCAUGGGUUUGAGUUUUGUUGUCAUCCCUAAUGGUAGGUGAAGAACUGAAGAUUAAAAUGUUAAAGUAACGGGCCUUGUUAGGGUAAAAUUCUAAAUUAACACCAAGCAAGUCCCCAUGAGGCCAGGCCAUCCGCCACCAGUCGGGCUUUCUCUUCCUUCCCUUUUACCUCCAUCCACCACGUAUAAUAAUUUAUUUAUUUAUAAAUAAAUAAAUAGUUAAAUACCCCUUUUUUUCCCCUUCUCUUCUCUCUCACUCAUCUUCAACCCUUCCCCUUCCUUACAGCUCAAACUCAAGUUCUUGUCCUUCUUCUAGAGCGAAACAGAGACUGAGAGAGAAAAAACAGGGGGCCCCCGAAUCACAAAACCGCGAGGCAAUGGGAUACUGCGAGAAAGAGCAGAGGCAGUGCAUUGGUUGGUGGGUAGAGAGAUACUUCAAAGACUGCCUCUGCAACACCAAGGACGAAUUUUCCUUCGGGUUCGGUCUGGCCAGCCUGGUUUGCUGGGGCGUCGCCGAAAUCCCGCAGAUCGUCACCAACUUCCGCUCCAAAUCAAGCCACGGCGUCUCCCUCGCCUUCCUCCUCACUUGGGUCGCUGGGGACAUUUUCAAUCUGCUGGGUUGCCUUCUGGAGCCUGCAACGUUGCCGACUCAGUACUACACUGCUGUGCUCUACACAACCAGCACCGUGAUCCUAGUGCUACAGGGGCUCUACUACGAUUACGUCUACACGUGGUGGAAGUGCCGCCACAAGCAACCGUCUCAACUGAAGGUUGAUGAAGAAGAUGAAAAGAAGCCGUUGAGGCCAUCGAAGCCGGCCACUGAUUCAGGCAUCCCGAUUCCAACUACAGCCGUCCCUGUUCGCAGAGAAUUUUACUACACGUCAGCAAGGUCGUUAGCAGGCAGUGCUACCCCGCCAUUUAAGGCUUUCUUGAGGCCUGCUAGAAGUGGCCCUUCAGCUGUGAGGCUGAUUGACAAUGACUCGUCUUCAGACGAUGAAGCAGGAGCGACAGGAGCUUCUACUAUCUCAUCUAGCCAGCCUAGGGCGAUUCCACGAUCUGUGGGUUACGGAACAUUUUUGGCCACAUCGCUUAACUUGCCAUCACACGGCAAUGCUCUGCUGCAAGCUAGCAUUGGACUCACUGGGAGGAAGCUCUUGCAAGAAGGUGGAAUGGAGCACAAUGCAUAUGGUCAGUGGCUUGGAUGGCUGAUGGCUGCCAUUUACAUGGGUGGCAGAAUCCCACAGAUAUGGCUCAAUAUCAAAAGAGGAAGUGUGGAUGGAUUGAAUCCUCUGAUGUUUAUCUUUGCAUUGAUUGCCAAUCUAACCUAUGUUCUGAGCAUUGUGGUUAGAACAACAGAUUGGGACAGCAUCAAAGCCAACCUGCCAUGGCUGCUGGAUGCUGCUGUCUGUGUCGUGCUCGAUUUAUUCAUCAUAUUGCAGUACAUCUACUACCGAAACCGAGGGAACGGUGAGAGUGGAGUGGAAGACGACGGCUACGGUGACUACUACGCUAACAAUGCUAGUAAACAGAAGCAUUAAAAUCUUGUAGAAGAGGCAUAUGGAGUUUCUUGUUGUGUUCCUUCGUUCGUUGGGUCUUCGUCCCCUUUCGAUUAUGCUGUAUAUGCUAGUAAUGUAAGAAUUUGUGAUUGAUGAUCUCAUCUUGCUGCUGUUAACUCAAUUUUGCUAACGUGUCGGCCAAGUUUCAUACACUAAUGCAGGAUAUAAGAUUGGUAUUAUUAGUAAUUUAGUAUUGAGAAAGGGACUAAAAGACCAGCCCGAAGGCCCAAUGCUGCAUUGGGCUUCCUAACCACUGCUAUUCGCUUUGUACCGGCAGCCCAACACUGUAACGAAAAGCCCAGUCUUAGUACUUUGAAGUGCAACGGUCGACCUAUUGGGUAAUUCUAAUUCCAUUAAGUUGUCAUUAUUGAUAUGGAUAUCGGAUUGGAUCCAUUAUGAACCGAUAUCGUCGGUUAACGAUUUUGUUUGGAUCGAGUUUGAAUUGGAAUCAAUUUGUGUAAGCUCUUUUGGAUCAGACCUAAAUGAGACUAUUUGUGUCCAAACGAUUGUUCAUGUAAAAGAUAAUAUUGAUCCUCUCAUUAACAUUCUUCAACUCAAUUACUCAUUUAAUGUAAGUAUUUCCACCUUUAUGUUUGUUUCAAAAAAAAAAAAGUAGAUACAAAUUGCAUUAUAAUCGGACACUCAUUUUCUUUUGGCUAUCCAAAAAUAUAGAUCCAAUUUAAACCCAAACUAAAAAUAUUUGAUUGGAUUAUAUUCCAAAAAUAAAAUUAUUCAAAUUUAUUUUGACCUAUAAACUCCCUGCAUUGACUUCAAAUUUCCCGCUAAUAUGAUCCAGUGUAUCACCUUACUUCUAUUAUCGUUUCACUAAUAUAUAUAUAUAUAUAUAUGGGAAAAAAGAGAAUUCCUCGUAGAUCUUGUUACCCCUUCAUUAGAUCCCCAAUAGUUGACAAAUUAACACAUAUUAAACUGUAUAAGUUGACUAGCAAGACUCUCGAAUCGAAACCACAUAGUCUGUAAACAAUAUAUUAAUCACGUCCGCGAAAAAGGGUUAGCAAUUAAAUCACAGUAGUAAUGACGGCUUAUAAUUCCAACGGGUUGACUGCAUACAUACAUAUUCCUGUACGUUGUCAGUGAUUUAACUAUUAAUAAUAUUUUUUUUUGAUUUAACUAUUAAUAAUAUUACUCGAGAUCUAAUUAAUUACUCCCACUUGUUAAUCCCAUGGAUUUCGCAGUACUGUAGGCGGAUUAAUUUAUCAUGUAACUCAUAAGAAAGACUACAGGACUAGAUCCGAGCAUAGGCAGAGCAAAUGGCCCGACUCAGGAGUUGAAACUAGUUUUUUUUUUUUUUUUUCCUUUCUCCAGAAUAUAAAUUAUUCUAAUUGAAAAUUUUCUUUUCUUAGUAUAACAAAUCUAAGCUAUAACCAAAUACUAAGAAAUGAGAUUUUAAUGUAGUGGUUAAAACGAAGGUUGUGGUUAUAACUUGAGUUUUGAAAAAAUUGGGGUUUGUUAUCGAAUUUGUCCAUGAUGGAAACGGGAAAAAAAAUCUUGUUAUUGGCUUGUUAGAUUUGAUGAUAGAUUUAGUCGAAUUGGAUUGUGGUGGGUAUAUAUUACACUAUUCGUGGAUCCGGUCCAAAUCUCACCUAUACACCAGCUUUUGAGAUCUAGUGUCUCAAAACUUAUCAAACAAACAAGUGAGUUUUGUAUCAAACCUAGGGAUGCCAAUGGGUCGGGUCGGGGAUGGAUAGUGCAUAUCCGUUACCCUACCCAAAGUAGUUCGGGUUUUACCCAUAUCCAUACCCACAUGUGAAACGGGUAGAAAAUUAAAAUCAUGCUCAUACCAGUUCGGGUUUCGGGUAUUCGCGGUUAUCCAUGGGUAAUGAUUUUUCUUCAUAACUAUAACCAAUAUGUUAACAGUCACACGUAUUCUCACAUUACGUAAGAAGAAAGGUACGAAAAUAAUUCACUAGAAUGAAAAAAAUUAAUUAAA